AGAAGCUAAGUUAAAAGGCAGUUGGACGAGUCGGCUAUAUUCGCCAUUGUUUUUGUGUAUACUGACGGCUCAAUUCUAAGCUCUUUAUUUUAUUGUCUACAUGACCGUGCACUAAUCGAGAUAUAAAAAUAAAAAUCGGAAAGAAGGGAAGAUACUAAACCACGCCCCUGUUCAUUGGAAAUUUGAUCUGGAAAUCGUGAUGACGCUACGUUACUGUUCUUUUCGACAGCGUUCGAAAAGAAGAUGAUUUCGUUCUACAGUCGAUUAUUAAUAAUACUACUAUUCAAUUUUUUAACUAAUUUGCAAGCUGACAAAUCGAAGACGAUUAGGAUCCUUAUGUCGGCCGAAGAUGACAGGUUCGAAACGAAUGAACCGAGAUUACUAGUUCGACACGGUGAUUCUCUAGAAUUUAUUUGUCCAGAGAAUACAAACGUUUCAUUAAGAUAUUCAACAACUAAAGGACUUUAUUCUUGUCCUACCAAUCUCGAUUCUCCAAUAUUGGUUGAUUGUUCUCCUGAUAUGAAAGCAAAAUCAUAUUUAUUCGCUGUUCAAGGAUCAGUAUCAUCAAAUCCUUUCCAAGAUCCUAUAAAAUGUUGGGAUAGUGUAUAUUUCACUAUGGGCACCAAAACGGAAACUUGUAUUAAACGCAAUCUCAAAUUAAAUGUCACCGUUGACUGUAGUACAGCAACAACUGCAUACACAACAAAGGAAACAACUUCUUGGACAGUGACUAAUACUCAGGAAUCUCAAGGUGCUACCGAGACAUUAAGUACGGCUUCUUCAUCUGUGACAAUCGUUCCUACAACAAUCUCCAGUGGCUUCCCCUUAGACCGGGGCAAAUCGAACGGUACUAGUGGAUUAUCGGAUAAAUCUGUAUUGUAUAUAGCAAUUGGUGUUAGCUCUUCUUGUUUGAUUAUCCUUAUUGUAAUCUCAUCGGUUGUCUGCUUAGUCAGACGACGGAGAAGAGAGUCGAGAAAGCCUACUUCCGGCAAGACGUCAUCCGACUAUUCAUCGUCGACGGAUAAUAGCCGAUUUGGCCACUUGUCGCGGCCUGACUUUCCUGAGAGGUUGGGCAAUGAACCUAUCCCCAGGGAACGUUCGUAUUCAAGUGUCAGUCUAGAUCUUGAACAACACAGGAGUUCCACCUCGCUUUCCUCCUUACCAGACUCUACAAAAUCGGUUAGUAGGGGAGCAAGCAGUCGACCUUUGCCCCCAACUCCUGUAGAUGGCGCCACAUUCAGAUCAGUGGCGUCUAGUGAACACCAAUAUGAAGAAAUACCUGAUUGGAAUAAAGGAAUGGUACAUAAACAGUUCAACCAAAGAAAUUUUCCAACGGCCCUUAGUCAUUCCAUAGUCGUCUGAUUUGAUACAUUAUAAAAAAAAUUGACAAACAAAAAACACAAUUUUGAUAAUUCUCUUUUCUUCUCGUUUACCGUUUUUGUUUGUUGUUUUUACAAAAUUUUGUGCUUCAAUAUGUUACGCAUAAUUCGAUUAUUUAUGAUCUUUACUUCUUCAUUCUUGUUUUUAUCUAAAUGAGCAAAAAAGAAAAAUAAGAGAGAAAGAAGCAAAACCAACAACAUUCGUUUUAUUUUUUCAAUUCUAUUUUCUCUUUCUCUUUAGUUUUUUUUUUUCUGGAAAUAUAGGAAAAGAAUUCUUUCUAUUUAAAUAUUAGUAUAAUACCAUACACA